GCAGGAGCCAGAGCCGGUGCGGGGCGCAGCGGCUGAGCCCCGAGUGAGCGAGCGCCGCCUGCGCCGCCGCCCGUCCCGCCGCCGCCGCCGCCGCCGCCGCCGCCGCCCCCCGGCCCCGUCCCCCCGGCCCCGGGGCAUGGCCUGUCUGACGGCCGCUUUCUCGGUAGGCACCGCCUUGAACACCAGCAGCUACUCUGCAGUGAUGACGGAGCUCAAGUCGGUGUGCGUCUCGGUGGACGAGGUGGUCUCCACCAACACGGAGCUGUGCGAGAAGGAUCUGCUGAACGGGCAUCUGAAGAAAGUGGACAACAACCUCACAGAGGCUCAGCGCUUGUCCUCCCUGCCCCGGAGGACGGCGAUCAACAUUGAAUUCAAGGACCUUUCCUACUCAGUCCCAGAAGGCCCCUGGUGGAAGAAAAAAGGUGGAUUAGAUGAUUCAAGACUCGUGGUGGCUCUUAACUUCUCAUAUGAGUACAAAGAAUUCCCAAAGAUGGGUCUGUGUCCAGGAUACAAGACCCUGCUGAAAGGAAUUUCUGGGAAAUUCAACAGUGGGCAGCUGGUGGCCAUCAUGGGUCCUUCCGGGGCUGGGAAGUCCACGCUCAUGAACAUUCUGGCCGGAUACAGGGAGACGGGCAUGAAAGGGACCAUCCUCACCAACGGCAAGCCCCGGGACCUGCGCAGCUUCCGGAAGGUGUCCUGUUACAUCAUGCAGGACCACAUGCUGAUGCCGCACCUCACCGUGCAGGAGGCCAUGAUGGUGUCCGCGCAUCUGAAGCUCAAGGAGAAAGACGAGGGCAGAAAGGAGAUGGUCAAGGAGAUCCUGACGGCUCUGGGCUUGCUGUCUUGUGCCAACACGCGGACCGCAAGUCUCUCAGGCGGGCAGCGCAAGCGCCUGGCCAUCGGUCUGGAGCUGGUGAACAACCCUCCCGUCAUGUUCUUUGAUGAGCCAACCAGCGGCCUGGACAGCUCGUCCUGCUUCCAGGUGGUCUCCCUGAUGAAAGGGCUGGCGCAAGGAGGGAGGUCCAUCAUCUGCACCAUCCACCAGCCCAGCGCCAAGCUCUUUGAGCUGUUCGACCAGCUUUAUGUUCUUAGUCAAGGACAGUGUGUGUACCGGGGAAAAGUCUUGAGUCUUGUCCCAUACUUGAGGGAAUUAGGUCUGAACUGUCCAACCUACCACAACCCAGCUGAUUUCAUCAUGGAGGUGGCGUCCGGUGAGUACGGCGAUCAGAACGGCCGCCUGGUGAGAGCCGUUGAUGAGGGCCUGUGCGACGCUGACUGCAGGAAAGAGCCUCCUGCGGGGGAUGGCGAGGUGAACCCCUUCCUCCAGCACCAGCCCUCUGAAGAGGUAAAGCCAGCCAAAGGAUGGAAGGGGCGGAGAAAGAAUUCCACUUCCACGGAAAGCUGCCACAGCGUCUCCGCCAACUGCCUCACCCAGUUCUUCAUCCUCUUCAAGAGGGCCCUAUUGACUACCGUGAGGGAUUCGGUCUUGAUGCACCUCCGAGUCACCUCGCAUAUUGCCAUUGGCCUCCUCAUCGGCCUGCUCUACUUGGGGAUCGGGAACGAAGCCAAGAAGGUCAUGAGCAACUCCGGCUUCCUCUUCUUCUCCAUGCUGUUCCUCAUGUUCGCGGCCCUCAUGCCCACCGUGCUCACGUUUCCCCUGGAGAUGGGCGUGUUUCUGCGGGAGCACCUGAAUUACUGGUACAGCCUGAAGGCCUACUACCUGGCCAAGACGCUGGCCGACGUGCCCUUCCAGAUCAUGUUCCCGGUGGCCUACUGCAGCAUCGUGUACUGGAUGACCGCGCAGCCAACCGACGCCGUGCGGUUCGUCCUGUUCGCUGCGCUGGGCACCAUGACGUCCCUGGUGGCGCAGUCCCUGGGCCUCCUGAUUGGAGCUGCCACAUCCCUGCAGGUGGCAAUCUUCGUGGGCCCCAUGACAACCAUCCCCAUCCUCCUCUUCUCAGGAUUCUUCGUCAGCCUUGGCACUAUCCCAACCUACUUGCAGUGGAUGUCCUACAUCUCCUACGUCAGGUACGGGUUCGAGGGGGUCAUGCUGUCCAUCUACGGCAUGGACCGUGCGGACCUGCACUGCGACGUCGAGGAGACCUGCCACUUCCAGAAGUCGGAGGCCAUCCUGCGGGAGCUGGACGUGGAGAACGCCAAGCUCUACAUGGACUUCAUCGUCCUGGGCAUCUUUUUCAUCUUGCUGCGCAUCAUCGCCUACUUCGUCCUGAGGUACAAAAUCCGGGCCGAGAGGUAGAGCUCCCGACUGCCGGCAGACAGGAGCGUCGGACACCGCCGCCAGGGCAGCUGGCAGGAUCCUGGCGGCCAGCCUGUGCCCGAGGACCCGGGAUGACUAUGACCCGGCCCCUGGCCACCACGUCUGGCUCUGUGGGUGCCACGCGCUGGACAGCUCUGCCCUGGGGGACAGGUCUUCUCUCCAUUACCCUUCCCAGCUUUACCUAGGAAGAAGAUGUAGAAAGGAUAAUUUUUCAUGUGCAGAAUGUAAAACGCCCACUUCCGGGCCAGCGUGGCGACCCGCAGCAGAGCUGGUGACGAGGCGUCCCUGGCCACACCUUCCUCAGGGCCAGGUAGCUUUGGCCCCUGGCGGGGGCCGCAAGCAGCCCCCAUGACCUGAUCACACCGCACAGGAGGUGUCCUGGGAGCGAGGCGGAGAGGACACUGGUUCUGUUUUAUGACCUGUUUUUCAUAGUUUUCCUGUUUCUACAGUGUGUCUCUUUUUCCAACGGGAAGUCGCUUCCCAAGCCAAAGGCCUGUGAAUGUCGUUCAUUUUAAGAAGCGGAGUCUCUUCCGCCCUGUGGGGAAGUGCUGUGCAGGGUGACCCGACUUCGCUGACAGACAGAACCCGGGAAAGGUGCAGGGGCAGGCCCCCCGUGGAGAGCCUGGGGAACUGUAUGCGCGAAGCUGGGCGGACGUUUUUAAAAGUUACCCAAAGAGUGGGAAGGCGAAGUUGGCCAACUCUCCCCCAGUCUUCUGUUUCCCCCGUGCUUCUUAUUUUAAGCAAAAUAUAUUGUUUCUUUCCUCCUA